UGGUGAUAGAUUGCACUCGUCUGACUUCAGGUGUUUGGAUAUGAUCAGCAGUUAUAAACUUGGUGUUUGGCUUGAUAUAUGUGGGGAUGCAGCUUUCUAUAUGCUAUCAAACAUGCUGCCUCUUUUUCCAUCUCAUUAUAUCCCAUUUCACUUUUCACUUUGCUGUGCAUUAGGAAAAUGUAUACUGAUUAAUCUAAGUGAGAUAAGAGCAGCACUGUUCUGCAUUUUGAAGUUCUCUUAAACCCGCAUCAGUGUUAGAACAAAUAUUUUAACAUUUGUUCUAUCACUGCUGCUGCUGACAUCAGUAUUUUAGGGAAUAUUGUCAUCUGUCACUGAUACUCUUGUGAAACAUUAAGUAAUCAGGAACAAGCAUUUUUCUCUUUCAUUAGUUUUCCUUUCCUGGUGCUGUUAGGUAAGGUAUUGUCUUGUCAAGGGAAACCGUAGAUGAUCCAGAAGAAGGUUAUUUGUGUUAGCGUCAGUAAUUACAGAGGAAUUCUUAGGUUGCUUUUUCAAAGGUUAUCAGUGGAAGGCACAAAACACUAGCCAGAGGCUCGAAGAUAUUGAAAAUACUUUUCCAUCAGGAAAAUAUAACAAAAGAUGAGUAAACCAAACUAUGUUUGUGAAGAAUUUCGUAGGGCUUGUUGAGGAUACUGAUCCAUGUUGAAGUCUACUUCAACUGUUCAUAAGUGUUUGGAAAGGGAUACAAAAAGUUGAAAACAAGCAAAGCAAGACAAAAUGUUAGAAGCACCAGUUCUUGCAUUAAGUUUCCAAUAGGUCAUGCUUGCAAUUUUACAUUGUCUCUCAACCAUAUGCUAAGGGUGUGGAAAUUUUAUAGGAGUAUGAAGGAUGUGUGGCAUUCAGACAUUGAGAUCAGAGAACAGUGCUUGAAGAAUUCUAAACAUGGAAAAGUAUGAUUAGCAAUAUUUGCAGAAAAAUCAGAAAGAUAGAGAUGACAUGGGCAAAUGAGUAAAUUGGAGAUAUAACUGAUUAGCUGGGAAAUUGUUGUGUGAUUGUUGGGGCUUCUUGAAAUACAACAGAUUGAGUGGUAACCACAAAGAACAGUGCUACAGAGCAUCUUAAGAGUAAAACUCGUAAUAAUAUGUUGUUCUUCUUUACACAUUUCCUACUUAAAGAUUUCAUACGAAGUUGAUGAAUGGGCUCUCCAAUUUUGAAGCAUUUCUGGAUGUAUAUUCACCAAGUUUACAUUUGAUUGAGUGUGUCAUCAAUUCCAUUUGUCCAUUUGCAUUCUGCAUGAUGGACUUGUGAUGGGAGAAGUUGCACAAAGCAAGGUGUUUAUUUCUCUGUUGUUCCUACUUCAUUGCUGAGAAAUUGGAGUAGUGGCAAAGAAACUUCCAUUGCAAGGUUUUAGGGAGACAAGCUGUUUAAACUAAUUACCUGUUAUCCCCCAGUGGAAUAUAGGGCUCUUCUUAGACAUCAAGAAUAUUCAUGGGCUCUAUUCUGCUCUUGCAGAAAUAAAUGGGUUUCAGGACUUGUAGGAGAACUAGAGGCACCAAGGAGGGUAACAGGCAAGAAGUGCGGAUUGUAAUGAGAUCAUUGGAGAGUUAAAGAAAUAGACCAGCUAUAUCGUGUGGGUUAUGGUGAAGUAUCAUAAGAACUUGGGUUGGGUUUCUGUUAAUUUAUUGAAACUUCUAUAGAGGGCAGAAGAAGGUACGCCGUGCAAAGAGCAGUCAUGGAGAAUUUCUUGGUUUGUUCUGCAUACCAACUAUCAAAGUAGCAACUGGAGCAAUAUCAAGGAGGAAUGUAGGAAUCGGAAGAUGAGGGCUUUGGAGUUCAGAUUAGGAUGUCAAGAAUAGGAGCUGCGACCUUCCCAUGGUUUGUCAUCUAAGCACUACAAUUGCAAAUCAGGACAAGUGGAUAUGUAGAGGAAAGAUUCAUAAAUGUUUAUUGUGAAACCUGAUUGUAUCAUAAAUUAGAAGGAAGACUAGAAGAGCAUGGAUUUUUGACAAUCGAAGCUUCCAAGAAAAAAGUUGUUUUCAAUGCUGUGCAGCUUAGCUGGUGAUUCUGACAGAGAAGGAAUUUUUAGCAAGGAAAAUGGGGAAGACAAACCAAUUGCUGCAGCACCUUAGAUAUGUUGACGACUUAAGGAGCAUUGGGAAAUCUUCUCCAUGUUCUGUUUUAGUGGGCAAUACUUUAGUUAGCCCAGGAAAGGUGCUGAAAGAACAUUGGGAAACAUUCAGCAGUCCUUUGGAUGAUAGGAGGAACAUAACAGCAAUGGCAUUUGGAACAAGUGAAAUCAACAAAAUGGACCAGUCAAUUGAGCCUUCAAAAGUAAGUUCUCCUGCAGCAGAGGGGAAUAAGCUGGGAACUGGUGACACUUUGGAGGACCAGAUAACAACACCAGAAGAGAAGAUGAAAAAUACUAGAAACAAGUAUGCUGUACAGUUUGAAACUUCAUCGCGUACAAUCCAUGAUGAACAAAAAGCCAGCAGUACAAUAAACAUUGAUAACUCCAGGAUACCUAGAACAAAUUCUAUCUCACAUGAAGAUGGAUCAUCCUGUCAUCUCUUAUCUGGAGUUGUAGCGAAUCUCAAACUGCCUACAGAAGAGAAUGGAAUGUCGGCAGGCAUGGCCAAUAACUGUAAACUUGCGCCUUCGACCAUUUUGUCUGCUAAUUACAUAACCAAUUGUGUUGCCCAAAGACAACAUUAUUCAAUGACAAACGAUGAAACCCUGACGCCAUUGCAAGAUUUGGCAACAUCUGAUCCAGGAAGUAGGUUUUGUAAGAACUAUCCCGAAAUGGAGAAAAAUUGUGGCAAUAUUUUCUCUACAAAUCUUCUUAACAUGACAGAAGGAUCAGGAGUCACAGAAAACAAAUUUAAAGGAAAGGGUACUCAUGCAGUUGGAGCAUCUGUUGCUGCAUAUUGUGUAGCUGAAGCUUUUAAUGGAGAAAGCAGUAAUGAUAUGAAAAAUCAAGGAAGGAUUAUCUCGGCAACAGUAGAUGUCAAUCCAGGAGCAGAAAAAGAUGAAAGUUUACCUUCAACAAAACCAACUACGAGAUGCAGCUCUACUAAAGAUAAAAGUAAAUCUGGAAGUGUACCACCAAAAAAGUUGAGGAAAUGUGAGGCAUCUGUUCUUACUGGACCUAAUUCAAACAACAAGCCUUCAGAUAUUACAGGUGAAACCGAUGAUGAUCACAAAGAAUUGUUAGUGGCUGCUGGUUCAGUUCAUAGUAUACGCGAAAAUGCCUGCUCUUUUCCAUUUUGGAAGACAAUGGAGAGCUUUUUUGCUCCUGUCACUUCUCAGGACAUAUUUUUCCUCAAACAAGAACUGAAUUUUGUUGAGAACCUGACUCAGUCUCAGAUAUUUGGUGAUGAAUAUGAUAGACCGGGUGGCAUUAGUAGUUCUCCUCGAAGGGAAGUCAGUAAUUCAGAUCAACAAUCAAUAACAUCAACUGCUUUUGGUAGAUCAAAUAAGCCAUCAAAUAUUGUUCCUCCAUUGCUUCAAAGAGUCCUCUCAGCGUUCGUUAAUGAAGAUGGAGGUUCUGAUCCCCAUUGCUGUGAGAGAGUGGAAUUUGAACUUCAGCCAGAGUUAGAUAUGCAAGCUCAGAAGUAUUCUUCUGUGUACGGAUUAUGUUCUAAUAAAAGUGCUUCAACGUAUAGCACAGGAAGUGUAUCCAAUACUUUCAGCAAUCAAGGGCGACUGCAAGCAGAUGAAGGCUUGUCCUAUUCAAACGCAGGAAUUUUGCAUGGGAAUAAUCAAAAUGAUCCAAUUUUAACACAUGCUUCACAAGUAAAUGCACCUCCAGGUUUUCCUUUUAAUUGUUCAUAUCAGAUGCUGUCUCCCAAUGACAAACUAUCUCUGGAACCGUGGAGCAUUGGUUUAAAUGCGCCUCUUCUAGACAGUAGAGAAGGAUGGAUUGAUCGAGAAAUUAAGCGACUUAGAGGGGAGCUGUGGCAAAAGGUUUCAAUGGUGAAGAAUAACUUGAGGAAAAUUGGAAAAGCUAUUAAAUGUGAGCAAGACUUGGAGAAAAGGAAUCUUGAAGAAUCUGCUAUGGAUCAGCUGGUUGAAAUGGCCUACAAGAGGAUGUUCCAGGGUGGUUGGCGAAGCAAGUCUUCAAGGAUUCGUAAAGUCUCUGAACGAGCUGCUUUGCCCUUUGUCAAACGCACUCUUGCUAGGUGCAAGCAAUUUGAAGACUCAGGCAAGAGUAUCUUCGGUCAGCAUGAUCUACUGAGCAGUAUCUUAUAUAAACCUUCAACUGAGAAAGAUCCAAGGCCUAUUGAAUGUGAUGGCUCUAUGAUACUUGAUAACAAAUGUAAACGAGCUCAUGGCAAAGCAAAGCGCAAAUGUUCAGAGAUUGGUCCUGCGUUGGGUGCAAUUCAGAGGCUUGACUCUCAGAAUAAUAACAUGCAGAGAGGUUCUUCUGGGUUACAGGAGACUUCAACUCCAUUAGACCCUGUAAAAAUCCUUGGUGAGACUGAAGAUCUUAGUUCUUUGUUGAAAUUUGAUGAAGAAGGCUUGUUAGAUGGUGACUGUAUAGGACUUGACGUGCCAAUUCAGAAGUGGAGAUGUUUCUGUAAUGUUGUGCUUGUGAAGUGGCUGAGUUCUACUUUCCUCAGCAUGAACAUUAUUCCUUCUCUUUUCUUCUGCAGAGCAAUUCCUGAUUGAUACAGAUUUUAGGGUCUUCUUACUUCUUGGGGUUAGAAUUUUUAAAUUCCUGGUUAAGUCUGGUUUGCGGUAUUGGAAUGUUAUUCUGACUGUUUGAACUCGAAAUAAUUUGACACUUUAUUA